CUGACCGGUCCACCUGGUUUUUCUGUUGAUUCCUCUGUUCCAGCACCGUUGGGACCGUUCGGUCGGUGCAGACAGGACCUGGUCACCGCUGCCCCGGGCUGGUCUGGGGGCCGCUGUGGGUGUUGAUCGUAUAUCCGAUGGCGGUGGCCGCUGUGAGGUACUCGGCUCCGGUUCCCGUGACUACAGAAGGGCUUAUGGACUUAACGCAGGAAUUUGUGACCUUUGAGGAUGUGGCCGUCUGUUUCUCUGAGGAAGAGUGGGAGCUCCUUGAUGGGGCUCAGAAGCUGCUGUACCUCAGAGUGAUGCUGGAGAACUUUGCACUUGUAACUUCAGUGGUUUGUUGGCACGGAGUGGGGAAUAAAGAGCUACCUUUUGAGCAAGUUUCUGUGGAAAGAUUGUCACUUGUGAGGUCUCCAAAACCAAAUCCACCCACCCAGGAGACUUACCCGUAUGAGAUGUGCGUCCCAGUCCUGAAGGACAUUUUGCACUUGGCUAAUCGACCUAGGCAGAGACCGUAUUUGAUUGGUGCAUGUACAAACCUUCCCCAAGACCGGAAUCAUCCCAGCCCAGAGAAAAUCUUGAAAAGAGACAUGGACAAGGCCUCAUUUUUGAAGAACUGCAGAGUCUGUGUGUCAGGGAAGCCGUUCACCUGUGCAGAUGUUGGAAAGGACCUCCCAGCCACAUCGGACUUUAUCCCUCCCCAGGCCAUUCCCAACUACAAGCAGCCAAACAGAAUCACUGAAUGUGAAGAGGACUUCUGUAUUGGAAUAAGGUGUUACAUAUGGAGUGAAUAUAGAAAAGCUUUCAGCCAUAAGUACACUCAAGUUCGCCACCCAAAAGUCUAUGCUGGAAAAAGACUUUAUGAGUCCACCAAAUGUAAGAAAGACUACCACCGCAAAUGCUCGCGUAUUCAUCUCCCCAGAGUCCACAAUGGAGAAAGGCCUUAUGAGUGCAAUGAAUGUGGAAAAUCUUUUAGCCAAUCUUCUCACCUGAAUGACCAUCACAGAAUUCACACAGGAGAAAGGCCCUAUGAAUGUGGUGAAUGUGGGAAAACAUUUAGCCAAAGAGCCACCCUUAUUAAACAUUACAGAGUUCACACUGGAGAAAAGCCUUACGAGUGUCUUGAAUGUGGGAAAUCCUUUAGCCAAAGUUCCAACCUUAUUGAACACUGCAGAACCCAUACUGGAGAAAGGCCUUAUGAGUGUAAUGAAUGUGGGAAAGCCUUUGGGUCCAAAUCAACUCUUGUCCGGCACCAGAAAAUUCACACAGGAGUAAAGCCUUAUGAAUGUGAUAAAUGUGGGAAAUUCUUCACACAGAGCCAUAGCCUGCUGGAACAUCGAAUAAUUCACACUGGAACAAGGCCUUAUGAGUGUGGGGAUUGUGGGAAAUCUUUUAUGUUCAAAUCCAAACUUGUUCGGCACCAGAGAACUCACACUGGAGAAAAACCUUUUGAGUGUACCGAAUGUGGGAAAUUCUUUAGACAAAGCUAUACUCUAGUAGAACACCAGAAAAUUCACACUGGAUUAAGACCUUAUGAAUGUGGCCAGUGUGGAAAGUCCUUUAUUCAAAAGUCUGGCCUCAUUCAACACCAGGUAGUUCACACUGGAGAAAGGCCAUAUGAGUGUGGCAAAUGUGGGAAGUCUUUUACUCAACACUCUGGCCUUAUUCUCCAUCGAAAAGUCCACACUGGAGAAAGGCCUUGGGAGUGCAGUGAUUGUGGGAAAUUCUUUAGCCAAACCUCCCACCUGAAUGAUCAUCGUAGAAUCCACACUGGAGAAAGGCCUUAUGAGUGCAGUGAAUGUGGAAAGUUAUUUAGACAGAACUCAAGUCUUGUUGAUCAUCAGAAAAUUCAUACUGGAGCAAGACCUUAUGAGUGUAGCCAGUGUCAAAAAUCCUUUAGUCAAAAAGCUACACUUGUUAAACACCAGAGAGUUCACACUGGAGAAAGGCCAUACAAGUGCGCUGAAUGUGGGAAUUCAUUUAGUCAAAGUGCCAUUCUUAACCAACACCGGAGAAUUCACACUGGAGCAAAGCCUUAUGAAUGCAGCCAGUGUGGGAAAUCCUUUAGCCAAAAAGCUACCCUUAUCAAACACCAGAGAGUUCACACUGGAGAGAGGCCUUAUAAGUGUGGUGAAUGUGGGAAAUCCUUUAGUCAAAGCUCCAUCCUUAUUCAACACCGGAGAAUUCACACUGGAGCAAGGCCUUAUGAGUGUAGGCAGUGUGGAAAGUCCUUUAGCCAAAAGUCUGGCCUCGUUCAGCAUCAGGUAGUUCACACUGGAGAAAGGCCUUAUGAAUGUGACACAUGUGGGAAUUCCUUUAGCCAGUGCUCUAGCCUCAUUCAUCACCAAAAAUGUCACAGCUGUAAGAAACCUCACGAAAGCAAUAAAUGUGGAGAAGCCUUUAGCCCAAGGUCUAACACCAUUUAGCUCCUGAAAGUUCACAUUUGAGAAGAGCCUUAGACCUAUAGGGAAUGCCCUGUUUUUCAGUAGUAUGUCACUAGAAAGCCUUUGUGAGGGACCCAGCCACCUGAGGUUGAUCCUGAUACUUCCACAUCUGGGGGUGUGAGAUUAUACAUGAUUUCAGGUGUGGGUGAGGCUCGGAGGAGCUCCUCUGCACAUACGGAACUGGCCAGUGUCCUUGCCAUUUAUAGCAGUGCCAGUACUUCUGGUAGAAGCCGUCUUCCUCUAUCACCGUACUCAGUGGGCACUCAUCACCCCGUCAGGGUAAGGAAAGGUAAAUGUCUGUACUGAAUGCUCAGAGGAACUCUUGAACAGAGCAUUUAUGGAGAAUUUAUUCCUCCUUUUAGCUGAUUAAAGCAUAUAUAUGACUCGGUUUUUACCAAGAGGAUCUGAUCUACAGUCUGCUGAACAUGUCUGAAAACUGCUUACCUGUUUGACAAGAUCAUUUUAAUCAGUGUCAUGUGACAGUUGGGUGAAUGUUCCCAGCCUUCCGGUCUCUAGCUGGUCUUGCCUUCUUCACAUUUCUCUGCUUUGUACACUAAUAAAUGCCUUAUUCCUCAAACUGCCUUUGAUCUUAGGGUUUGGUUUACUAUGUAGGAAGGCUACAAAAUGAACUGUGACUUGUGGGUGAUUUCCACACCUCUGCUGGGACAGCAAAAUGAAAGAAAGUUCUCUGGUUCAAAUUAGUACAGCUUCCCAAGACAACUUAGUGAACUGCAGGGAUUUUGUUAUCUUAAUUUGUGACUUGGAUACCUAACUUUCUGUGAGACUUUCUUCAGUCAUCUUGAGGAGAGGUCAGCGGUUGUCAAAAGUUCCUGUACUCUAGUAAUGGGAUGAAUUUGCUCAUUUUUCUCAGAGGAUGUCUUGUAAUUCCCAGGAUGUGGAGGAGAAGCUGCUCAUAAGGCUCUACAAAGAACUGGUAGCACUUUGUUCUGGUGUCACUUGUAAGAUGAUCCGAGCCAGAAGUGAACCAUCCUUAGUACACAAACAGUGGGUAUGGUGGAGUCUGCGGCCAUCCAGGUGGAAUGUGCCUCUUGUGAAAAAUGCAUCCAGAAAUUCUUUUUGGUAUCUACCUGUGAGCAUUCGCAGAACCUGGAUGUCUAUGUUUGUCCAGAAAAAAGAGUUUUGUGGGUUCUUGAGUUCUUCCUUGGUUGUUCACCUCAAAUCCAUUGCUAUAGAGAUAGGAAAACCUGCAUAGAGAUGGAGAUCUUAAAGCCCUGGGGUGUAGCUGUUGUUAUCCAGUCAGCGUACCUGUAAUCUGGUAUGAUGGCGCUCACCACUUGCCAUUAUUUCCUGAACCGAUAAAGGUCUGCCCUUAGCCAUGCAUGAGGACAGAGAGUUGAAUCAAAUGGGGCCACUAAGCCCCAUUUUUGUGUGGUUUCCAGAAAGGAAUUCCAAUUUUUAUAUUUUGAAUAGUUUUUUAUAGUUUAUUGAUGUAGUGACAAAAGGUUAUCUUUAUGGUUUAUCAUUUGAAAACUUGUGAUAAAUUUAUAAAACCAUCUUACUGAUAAUGAACACAUCUGUGAUUUACCUCAGACCCUGUUAGAAUCUUUUGUGUGUCCCCCAGAUAUACGAGUGUCCAGUAAUUUAUUCACUUGAAUAGAACCUGUGAAUGUAAAUGUAAUGUUUACUUUUUUUUCUAGGCACUUUUCAUACUACGUUAUUUUGAGACUCAUUGCUACUAUUUUUUGAAAAGCUCCUUUUUAUUGCCAAAUAGUAUUUGGUUAUAGAACUACACCACUAUCCCUUGAUCUCUUUUUAUUCAUUCAGCUCUUCGUGAGCACUUCAGUUGAAUCCUCUUGUGAGCUGUUACACAUAAAGCUACAAUGAAUGUAGGCAUAUGACUCUUAAUAUGCAUAUAUGCUUUAUUUUUCCCAAGUCAGUAAUUCCAUAUAUGUGACUGUUUUAUUAAGAAAUUGCCAAACUUACCUAGAUUGAUCUAGACAGUAUAUGAGCAUUCUUAGUCCUCCACAUACUUGUUAGUACUUGGCAAGGUUAAUCUUUUUAAUUUGAGCCAUUUAAACAGGUGUAUAAGAGCAUACCACUGUACUAUUAAUUGCUUUUUUUUUUUGGUGUUUGAAGAGUCUGAGCAUUUUUAUGUGUUUUUGCCACCUAUGUAUAUUUUUAAAGCAUUAAUUUUUUGCCUAUUUUCAAGUGGAAAUUGGUGAUACUGUUCUUUUCAUUAAUAGAAUAAUCAUUGAUCUUAGAACUCUUAAACUAUAAAUGUUAACCUGAUGUGGAA